AUGCCAAACCCACAACCAGCAGUUAUAGAUGUCACAGAAGAUCAAGUCCAUGAUGUUGCUGAAGAUGAGCCGAUCGGCGCUACUACAUGGGAAGAGAUGGGUGAUGACUGGGUUUGUCACUCUUGUUUCACCUCGAAUCCUGUGACGUCGUUGAACUGUCUCCAUUGCGAUGAGGGUCGAGGUGUUGAUGUACGAUCUCGUCCUUCUGGAACCUUUGACAGCCCAUGGAGGGUGGGCCCUUUCGGGAGUGGACACCGACCACAGUUGCUGACAACUGGUGGUAAUGUUGGUGUCCAACAGACGCAACAUCAUGCAGCAAGGCUCGAGACAAAGGAAGUCUCCACAAAUAGGGAACCAACUAAUCUUGAAAAACAUCUGCAGAAGAACAUUGUUGGUCAAAAACAUGCAGUAUGUUUGGUAGCUCGAACUAUCAGACGAAAGGAAGCAGGUUGGCAAAGCACGGAGAAGCCGUUGGUAUUCCUAUUUUUGGGAUCAUCGGGUACUGGGAAAACUGAGAUGGCCAAAGCGGUUUCGACCCACUUGAAACUAAAAGAGACAGCUUUCAUCAGAAUCGACAUGUCCGAAUAUCAAGAUAAGCAUGAAGUUAGCAAGUUUAUCGGGGCUCCUCCUGGUUACUGUAAUCAUGAUGCCGGUGGUCAACUCACAGAGAAACUAAAAAAGACUCCGAAGGCUGUUGUUCUGUUUGAUGAAGUUGAAAAAGCACACCGUGAUGUUCUGACCAUUAUGUUGCAGCUUUUUGAUGAGGGAAGACUGACAGACGGAAAGGGGGAGACUGUCAUGGGUAACAAGGCUAUAUUCUUCAUGACAUCAAACCUGGGAAGUGAUGCUAUUACUGACUUCUGGAAGAAAGAAAAUAAGCAAUCAGGACAAGUGAAAAUUCCCGACAACUUCCAGCAAGAAGUCAUCCAGCCUAUUCUCAAGAGGCACUUCAAGAGAGAUGAGUUCCUGGGCAGAAUCAACGAAACUGUCUUCUUCCUACCAUUUACCGAGGAGGAUCUUGUUCAACUCGUUACCAGAGAGAUGGAUAAAUGGUCGAAACUUGCAAACAGCAGACAUAGAAUAAAAGUGUCAUGGGACGAUUCUGUCUUGAAAGUACUGGCCACUGGCUACAAAGUAGAUUACGGGGCUCGUUCGAUCAUACAUGAGGUUGAACGGAGAAUCGUUAACAACCUGGCAGAACUGCAAGGUGAAUAUGAAGAUAUCGUGAAAGGCAUUCGUAUAUCUGUGGAAAGGGAAAGCGCUACCUUGCGAGCGGUAAUGAAGAUGGAGGUACUCGAUCACCAUGAUCGUGUUAGGAAAGAAAUUUCAAUUUGA